AUGGGUCGUCAUGCUGCCAAUACCAGCGAACAGAGCACUACGUGCUCUUCAACGUGGAACACGCAGAUUUGGGACAAGCAACUACACUGCAAGUCACACGCUGUUGGCUUGCAGUGCAAAGCUUUGGAAAGCCUGUUCGGCAUUUUCAACAAAGAGCUUCUACACGUAAUUCAAGACUUCUUGAAUUCUGUCGCUAAAGAGGCCGCUUGCGGAAGCGACUCCGUGAAAUGCCCAAAAAAGGUUCUCUCUUCGCAAGCUCCCUUGACAAUUGUAGGGAAGGAUCCGAGUCUACUUUCACGUUUCCUCCAACGAAGCCCUUCUGGAGAUAGCCUGUUGCGUACAUUUGCUCUGAUUAGUGGAAACAAAUGGAAAGAUGCGAAAGGACUCAUUUCCGGAGCCGGUAAGGCACCUAGAGAUGACGGAAACAACUAG